GCUUGAAAAAAAUAAAGUAUUUCCUCAAUGCACGUAAUCAAUUUGCAGUUGUCAAAGCUGCUUUCAAUAGUAAAUUGUAUAAAUAUAAACGAUUUGCAAAUGCACACGUCAACAUUUUUCUGAAUAUUUCUUAUAUAUUUUCAUGACAUAUAUGCAACUUCAAAUUUUAACAAGUUUAUUUUGAAUUCAAACACCAGGUAUUUCCAGUUUACAAUUUUAAAAAUGAAGCAUUUUAUACUUUUUGCACUGUUUAUUUGUAUCAUUCAACUAUCCGUUGCACCGCCAGUAAAUGUAGAGGAGAAAAAGAAAGAUGAAGAGUUUGCGCCAAUACAAGACCCGGUUAAUAUUGUGGAAUAUAACAGAUAUGCCAGAGAAAUAAUACAAGUUCUAGAAACUGAUUUGCAUUUUAUAAAAGUACUCAAUGAUUCUACUAAUGAAGAUAUCCAAAGUGGAAAAAUAGCACACGAGCUUGAUUACGUAAAUCACCAUGUGCGAAAUAGGUUAGAUGAAAUAAAACGUAAUGAAGUGGAAAGACUGAGACAUGUCAUAAGAGAAGUAAACAUGCAAAAUGAAGAGCAUAAAAAACCUUCUAAAAAUCUAGAACAUUUGGAUCAUAAUAACAUUCAAACUUUCGAGAAAGAAGAUUUAAAGAAAUUAAUAACUCAGUUGCAUAAAGAUUUAGAGGCAUAUGACAGGGAAAGGAAAGUGCAGUUCAAAGAAUAUGAAAUGGAGAAAAAAUACGAACAGGAACAAAAAAUGAAGGGUAUGAAUGAGACAGAUCGCAAAAAGUAUGAAAAUGAAAUUCACGAAAUGGAAGAAAAACAUAAAAAACACAAGCCCUUGCAUCAUCCUGGAAGUAAACAACAAUUCGAGGAAGUCUGGAAAGAAACAGAUAAUAUAACAGACCAGGACUUUGAUCCAAGAACAUUCUUUUUUACGCAUGAUCUUGACAGUAAUGGCUAUUGGGAUCAAGAUGAAGUAAAUGCUAUAUUCAGUAAAGAAUUAGAUAAAAUUUAUGAAGAGGGACAUCCGGAAGACGAUUUAGUAGAAAGAAUUGAAGAAAUGAAUCUAAUGAGAGAACACUUUUUAAAAGAAGCUGACACUAAUAGGGACUCUUUAAUAAGUUACAAUGAAUAUUUAGUAGUAACAAAAAAUCCAAACUUUGGUGUGGAUCCUGGCUGGGAAACAAUUGAUCAGCAAAAGAUUUUCACUCCAGAAGAAUACAAAGAAUAUGAAAAUCGUCGAAUAAAAGAGAUUAACAAAUCGAUUUAUAAUCAGGUUCCAUCUCAUCAAAUGCCACAAAAUCAACAAUUUCCACAUAAUCAGGUACCACAAUAUCAACAAGUUCCACAUAACCAGGUACCACAGUAUCAACAAGUUCCACAUAAUCAGCUACCACAAUAUCAUCAAGUUCCACAGAAUCAGCUACCACAAUAUCAACAAGUUCAACAUAAUCAAAUACCACAAUAUCAACAAAUUCCACAGAACCAGAUACCACAGUAUCAACAAGUUCCACAGCACCAGGUGCCACAAUAUCAGCAAGUGCCAGUGCAUCCUGGACAAAUUCCUCAAAAUGCUCCUCCUGUUCAGCCGCAGCAGCAGCAACAACAGUAUCACCCAAUUCAACAUCAACAACAACAACACGUUGAAAUUAAUCAUCAAAAUCAGGUUAACCAACCACAGAGGCAAGUUAAUCAAACACAAGGUCAACAGCAGGCUCCAGGUAAUCAACAACCAGAUCAUAGUUCUCAACAAGUUCCAGUAAAGAAUCAAAAUUCAGAUACUGUACAUUUACAAAACAGUAUUCCAAAUGUAAAAUAGAUGUUAAAAUUUAAAAUAACAAUUUUUUUUUUUUCAUAAAAACGAUGAUUCAAUUUGAGAAAAACUUGAAAUUGAGAGAUUCAGACAUAAAAAUUAGAUUUUUUUAUAGUGACGAAAUAUUGUAUAUUUUGAUAAAAUGAAGACUGAUUAAAAAGAUAUAUUCUUUUUAAUUCUUCUAAUUCUAGACAAGUUUUUAAUCGCAUUUAAGAAUUACAGAUUUUUUUCAUAAUAUUACAUUAGUUUAGAUAUAUUGUAAUAUGUUUAUAGUUUCCUAAGUCAAUUUUAUGUCAGGUGAAAAUAAAAUUGUCAAAAUAAAAAAUGGUAAAACGUUUUAAAAAUCAGUGAAUUUUUAUUAAUAAGAAACCAUAAAUUGCAAACAAAAAUUUUACAGCAAGUAGACAUUGCAUAAUUUUCUAGUUAAAGGAAUUUGAAAAAUCAGUCAAGACUAUGAAAUUGAAAGUUUGAGUAUUAUACUUAAGCAAUAUAUAUGUAUAUGCACUGUACAUGAAUAUUAUACAUAUGAAUGAAAUUGGCAUUUCACUGUAAAAAGAAAUUGUUCAUUUAGAAUUUUAUUAAUUUUUCUUUUGAUAUCUGAAAUCAGCUUUAAUUUUCUUUUUAUAGUGUUAGCACUAAUAUAUACAUACAUUGAUGUACUGCGGUUAGCACAUCUGUUGUACCUGAAAUUUUUCCUGUACAUUAGUAUUGAAUUAAAUCUUUUGAAUUUGCACA